GGUAGCUGAAUGUUGCACCGCGUCCCAAUGCCCGAAAAUGUACAUCAAAUCGAUUAUCAUUGACGGGUUCAAAUCGUACGGCAGGCGUACGGAAGUGCAAGGAUUCGAUCCCGAGUUUAAUGCCAUCACCGGGCUCAAUGGGACGGGUAAAUCGAAUAUACUGGACUCAAUCUGCUUCGUGCUCGGUAUCUCCAAUUUGGUCCACGUCCGUGCAACGUCGCUCCAGGAUUUGGUGUACAAAAGUGGCCAGGCAGGUGUAACGAAAGCAACCGUGACGCUGAUUUUCGAUAAUUCCAACCCAACCCAAACGCCGAUCGGGUUCGAAAACUGUCGUGAAAUUUCCAUCACACGCCAAAUCGUGGUCGGCGGCAAGAACAAAUACCUUAUCAAUGGGAAAUCCGUACAGAACAAGCGGGUGCAGGAUUUGUUCUGCUCGGUACAGCUGAACGUAAACAAUCCGAACUUUCUCAUCAUGCAAGGCCGCAUCACGAAGGUGCUGAACAUGAAGCCGCAUGAAAUUCUGUCCAUGAUAGAGGAAGCGGCCGGUACGAGCAUGUACGAAGCGAAGCGCGAUUCAGCGCUGAAGCUGAUCGAGAAGAAGGAUGCCAAGCUGAACGAACUGUACGCGGUCAUACGGGAGGAAAUUGAGCCGAAGCUGGAGAAACUUCGCAAGGAGCGUGAGCAUUACAUCGAGUUCCAGAAGGUGUGUCGCGAUAUCGAGUAUCUUACGCGAUUGUACGUGUCCUACCGAUAUCUGCAGCUUUGUAAAGGGGUUGAGGAGUCGGAGAAAACGAUCGCCAACCUGCAGUCGGUCAUCGAGGACAGUGAGAAGCGAAUCGAGACGAACUGCACCACGGCGGAAACGCUCGAACAGGAAGCGAAGGAACUGCAGCAACGUAUCGAUACCGAGGGUGGUGGAACGUUGGGAGAACUGGAGCAGCAACUAGCUGCGGAAAGCAAAAAGGAAGCUACCGUAUCGGCCGAACGGAACACAACGAAGGACAGUAUUGGGGUGGAGCAGCGGAAGUUGGUGAAUCUCCAGAAAAGCAUCCGAGACGAUGAGCAGGCACUGGCAAGCAAGGAGUCGGAAAUGCAACGCCGUGGGGAGUCGUUCCAAACGCUCAAGGAUGCCUGUGAAGCGGAUGAGGAGGCUUUCACGAAGGCACAGAAACGAUUCGAAGCCGUAACGGCAGGAUUAUCGACGAACGAGGACGGUGAGGCGGCCACUUUGCAGGAUCAGUUGAUUGCAGCCAAACAAAAAUCGGCCGAAGCGACAACGGCCAUUAAGCAGUCGGAGAUGGAGUUGAAACACUCCCAAAAACUCCUACAAGACAAGCAGAAAAACAUGAACAACAGCGAUGCGGCGUAUCUCGAAGACAAACGCAAGCUUACGAAGGUCGAAGGACAAAUAGGACAGAUCGAGCAUGAGCUCCAGUCGACCGGUUACGAGGAAGGUUCGAUGGAAACGCUUUCCUCCCGCCGACAAGCACUGCAGACAGAAAUUCGCGGCUUACGUUCGGAGCUGGAUCGGCGCAAUGCACACCGCUGGGAGCUACAGUACCGUGAUCCGGAACCGGGUUUCGAUCGUCGCUCGGUAAAGGGAAUGGUAGCGAAGCUCGUUACCGUAAAGGAUCCAAAGUACGCCCAAGCUCUCGGAACGGUAGCCGGUGGCAAUCUGUACUCCGUCAUUACCGAUACGGACACGACGAGCAAAAAGUUGCUCCAGAAGGGCCAGCUACAGACGCGCACAACGAUGAUUCCGUUGAACAAAAUUUCCGGCCGACGAAUUGACCCAUCGGUGGCACGGUUCGCGGAAGAGCUGGUUGGGAAGGAAAAUGUAACGACCGCCCUGUCCUGCAUCGGGUACGAUCCACAGGUUGAGCAAGCGAUGCAGUUCGCUUUUGGGCAUUCGUUUAUUGUGAAGAAUUUGGAGGUGGCCAACAAGAUCACGUUUCAUCCGCGCAUUAAAACACGCUCGGUGACGCUGGAUGGGGAUGUGGUCGAUCCGGGCGGUACGUUGUCCGGUGGUGCACGGGCGAAAGGAAAUGCUGUACUGCUGGAGGUGGCUGAGAUCAACCGGAUACAGGCGGCACUACAGGAGAAGGAGGCAGAGCUGCGGGAGAUCAGUGCGGAAAUAAGCAAAAUCGAGAAAACUGCCCAUCGGUUCGGACAGCUGAAGGAACAGCACGAUAUGCUGAACUACGAGCUGAACAAUCUCAAGCAGCGUUUGGCGCAGACAUGCUUCCAGCAGACCCAGGAAGAAAUUGAAGAGCUGAAGAAGAAAAUUGAAACACUGCAAAACACAAUGGUGGAAGCACGCCAAACACAAACGCAGUGCAACGCUAAGGUGAAAGAUCUGCAGUCAAAGAUUGCCGACGGAAAGGGCCACCGCGAACGUGAGCUAAAGGCGGCUGAAGAUGACAUGAAGCGCACCAAGAAGAAAAGUGAAGAAAGUCGUAAAAAUUGGAAAAAGCACGAACAAGAUUUCGAAACGUUAAAGCUGGAGAUAGAAGAGCUGAAGAAGGGCAUCGUCACCGCAAAGGAGCAGGCGGUCAAGCUUGAGGAGCAGAUCGAAGCACUUCAGCAACGGCUGACGGUGGUAAGCGAUUCGAGCCAAGAGAUGACCGCCGCAGUAAACGCACUGAAGCAACAAAUUAAACAACACAAGGAAAAGAUGAAUUCGCAGAGCAAAGAGCUGAAGUCGAAGUACCACCAGCGAGACAAACUGUUGAAGCAAAAUGAUGAGCUGAAGCUUGAAAUUAAGAAGAAAGAAAAUGAGAUUACAAAGGUAAAGAACGAAAACAAGGAUGGAUAUGAUCGGAUCAGCGGAAUGGAAGAGAAGUACCCUUGGAUCCCAGAGGAUAAGGAGUUUUUCGGUGUGAAAAACACGCGGUACGACUACAACAAGGAAGACCCUCAGGAGGCGGGCCGGAAGCUGAAGAAGCUGCAAGAGUCAAAGGACAAGAUGAGUCGUAACGUCAACCAGAAGGCAAUGGUGUUGCUGGAGCGCGAGGAAGAACAGUACAAAGAGGUGAUGCGCCGGAAGAAGGUGGUCGAGGACGAUAAGAAAAAGAUUCAGAUGAUCAUCAACGAUCUGGACGAGGAGAAGAAGAAAAAGCUACGGGUGGCUUGGGGCGAGGUGGAUGAAAACUUUGGCAGCAUCUUCAGCACGCUUCUGCCCGGAACGCAGGCCAAGCUGGUACCACCGGACGGGGUCAACUUUAUGAAAGGGCUCGAGGUAAAGGUCGGUUUUAACGGGAUGUGGAAGGAAUCGUUGACCGAGCUGAGCGGUGGGCAACGAUCGUUGGUAGCGCUGUCGCUAAUUCUCGCCAUGCUAAAGUACAAACCGGCACCGCUUUACAUUCUGGACGAGGUGGACGCGGCGCUGGAUCUUUCCCACACGCAAAACAUCGGCAACAUGCUAAAGGCACACUUUACCAACUCGCAGUUUAUCAUUGUUUCGCUCAAGGACGGUAUGUUUAACAAUGCGAACGUGCUGUUCCGCACCAAGUUCAUCGAUGGUAUGUCCGGUGUGACGCGGACAGUGAACGUGGCUAAUCUGGCCAAUGCGAAGAAAUCGGCCGCUGAUGCUGCCUCCCGUGGAAGGUAACGCGGGUUGUUUCUUUUU